AGACAAACACACAAAGGACAGACAGACAGACAGAAAAACAAAAAGAAAAAGAGAAAAAAAAAGAAAAGAAAAACAGGAACAGAAUAUAUACUUAUUUGGGAAAAUGGAUCAUGGUUAACAACAGCAAAUAUGAACGCCCUUUCCUCCCUGCCCACCCAUGGAAGUUCCAUUCCUCUCCAAGUCACCCAUUCGGGAAGCCUCCUGGGAUGUCUUCCCUGGGCUUCUCCUAGGGCCUCGGGGAGAGAGCUCUCUGGCACGGUCCCCACAGUGGCCUGGCUUUGCCUGGGCCCUGCCCGGCAGAGAUCAUGUAUCGCCUCCUGGAGCUGCGGCCCAUCCUCAAGGGGCCCAGACCUCACAAUACCGCCCUGUGGUUGCCGCAGGACCGCCAUGGGCUCUGCGCUAUGCCCCCACGUGGUAGGAUAAGGUUCUGUAUCUAGCAUCUCUCCCGGCGAUAGGCGCCCGGGCAAACCACUGGCGAGUUAAAGGAGUUAGCGGUGCACUGCGGGGAGGAGGAGCAGUAGCUAACAGGCAGAGGAUCUUGGGGAAGCUGCAAGUGGAGGCGGCACCACCAAAUACUUUGUAUUAAGAUGGCAGCCUGGGCCAACCUUGCAUUUUUCAAGUGACCCGGCGUCAUUUUGCCAAAACCAGCAACUUCUUCAAAAGUCAAUGCAGAGAAAAUCACUAUGCCACUUCAUCCAAACUGAACUCGUUUGGAUCAUUACACUUCCAUCUGCUGCUGGCACUGUAUAGAACCAGCCCUUCAUGAGCUUUUAAUCAAAAUUAAUUUUCUAGCCACAUAAGGGCAAAUGCCAGUUGGCCCAUGUCAGGCAGCUUGCUAAAGUGAAGUGCUUGGCGAGCCACUAGUACGCCAGGGGCCCAGCUCAGAAACUGUGUUUGGGUCUUCCCGCCUGAAAACCCGUGCUCCGCGAGCGGCUGGCAAGACGGGCGCUCACCCGCCUCGCCUGGAAACCGGGCUGGAGUAGUCACAAUCCUCCGGUAGCUGUAGGGAAACCCGGCUCCGUAUUCCAGCUGCUCAGCCCCAGGGUACAAAGAACCAUUCUGGCUAAGGCAGACCUACCAGGGCCUGGGGGAAGGGAGCGGAAGACAGAGAUUGAAACGUCCGGUCCGGAGAAAACUAUCCCGACACAUUCCGACUACUCCAUAAAGUUCACAAAGGGUGCUUAUCCUGCCUGCAUCCCUCCCACAGAGUAGAUCCUCGGUGACUACCAUUUUUGCGCUCAGAGUGCACGGUCCUGGGUCAGCUCCCUACAGUAGCCACCUCGUCCGCAGAUCACGAUCUCGCUACCGAAAGAAGCGGGAUGCAAAGAAUCGUAGGGGAUUACGCGCUCAGGGACUCUUAUGAAGCAUAAGACCUGGGCUUAAAACUCACACGCCGUGAUGCCAAGGUUCCUGGAAGGGACAUCUUUUUUGAUCUACAGGGCUAAUUACCCCUAACUUCGGUUUUUCAUCCGCGACUAAGUGGGGUAUGGGGGAGCACCAAAUACUAGACUCAAAUUUGCAGGCUCAGAGAGAAGGGCACGGCACCAAGAGGUUUGCAUCCCGUACUCUUGCCCUAUGCUCUACUCAGUGGCAGUACCCUUCCAUUUUACAUGAAAAUUCAAAAGCACGGCGGAAUCUUCUGGAAGGGGGCUAAGAUGGAAUUCAGGAGGCGGGGGUCGGUGUGGAAAGAGCAGAUGGAUUAUUUUUUUUCCUCUCCUGGCGAAUGAGGAGAGCCCCCACGCACCCCUCCUCAUGAAGCUCCCCCAAGCACGCAUGCGCAAUUAGGUGGCGGGCCGGUACUUAAGGCGCGGCCGCUGCAGCUGCGGCAGUGCGCCCAACAGCGGACUCCGAGAGACCAGCAGACCUCGGCGAACCCUCGCUGUCCACCAUCCAUCCACCGCUCUCGGAACCAUGGCGGCAGUGGCGGCAGCCUCAGCUGAGUUGCUCAUCAUCGGCUGGUACAUCUUCCGUGUACUGCUGCAGGUAAGUUUGCUGGGGUUCUGGGUGGGAGAUGAUUCCCAGCGCGUGUCCCCCAAACCCGCAAGCUCGCGUCGCGAUUGCCGCCUCCCAUUCCGAUUGCCGCGAUCCUUGCCCGCCCAAGUGCCACUUUGCCGGCACCGCGUGUCCCCCACCCAUUCCCUGCGCCGUCCUCUUAGCGCAGACCCUCCCCAGUGCGUCCGUGCCCGGCUGGGAACAAAGACUCGGGGCGCGGCGGGCGACCGCUGCGGACGAUCAACCGAGGCUUUUAGCGACUACGCGGUGUUCCUGGAAUGCUGCAUUUACUGGGUAGGAUUCGCUUUUCGAAAUCCUCCAGGGACACAGCCCAUUGCAAGAAGUGAGGUGUUCAGGUACUCCCUCCAGAAGCUGGCAUACACGGUGUCGCGGACCGGGCGGCAGGUGUUGGGGGAGCGCAGGCAGCGAGCCCCCAACUGAGGCCCCAGCUCCCAGCCCUGGGCGGCCGCAUCAUCAGGUGCUCCUGUGCAUUUCCGCCAGCAUGGGAGCCAGAGCCGCACAGGAAUGGGGGGUCCCCUGUGCUCCCUCGCCAAAGGAGCACUUGGCAAGGUCAGUGAGGGGCCAGUAGGCCCCCUGGAGAAGUAGUACCGACAAUGAAGACGAUACCAGAUCCCUUCCCAACCCUUUUGCCCCAUCCCACUGAGGGGCAAGGUAAGGGAGGAGGGAGAAUAGGGGGAGCAGAUCCCUGAGAUCUGGGCAUAGGCACCACAUUCUGAUCUGGAUCAAGUCGGGACAGUACCACCCAGCCCCGCAGCCACAGCCAUACCAGCAGGCCCACUAUGAAGAUCCAGACACUACACCAGCCAGCAGAAUGGACAUUAGGACAUCACCAGCCGAAGCCCUAAAUCUCAGUGCAGCUGAAAAGGCAUCAACUAUGUGCUUGUGUGGCGGGACUCUGGAGGGGGUUAAGAUGGGAGUAGGGCCCUCUCAAUUGUCCCCUGCCUAUGGCACGUGCAUUCCAGCCUUGCUGCCUGUGCUUCCUCAGUUCCCCUUUCCCCCUUCACUGCCUCCCAAGCCCCAACCCCCAAAGAAAUGUGUCACUUGAUUCGGACCUAUUCAACCAGUAAACAAAAGAACCCCACCUUUACUAAAAUGCCUUCUCCAAGACCCCCCCCUCACUGAUCUUGCUAUUCCCUGGUCUCACGCAGUUGUGGUCAAUAUUGUGGUAAUCGCUAAUUGUACUGAUUGUUAAGUGUGCAUUAGUUGUGUCUCCCCAGCUAGAUUGUAAGCUCCUGGAGGGCAGGGACCACCUCUACAAAAAAUAAAAAACAGUACCUCCCCCAUCUCGCACAGUGUCCCAGGACCCUGCGGGGUGGUGGAGGCGCACCAAAAA